CCGCAAGAUAUCACCGUGUGCGCGCGCGUGUGUUGCUCUCUCUGCCGGCAAAAAAGAAAAAAAAAAAAGAGAGAGAGAGAGAGAGCGAGAGAGAGAGAGAGAGAGAGAGAGAGAGAGGCUCCGUCCCACCGCUCUCUGCUCCGCGGUCCCGGGAUUCUUGAGCUGUGCCCAGCUGACGAGCUUUUGAAGAUGGCACAAUAACCGUCCAGUGAUGCCUGACCAUGACAGCACAGCCCUCUUAAGCCGGCAAACCAAGAGGAGAAGAGUUGACAUUGGAGUGAAAAGGACGGUAGGAACAGCAUCUGCAUUUUUUGCUAAGGCAAGGGCAACGUUUUUUAGUGCCAUGAAUCCCCAAGGUUCUGAGCAGGAUGUUGAGUACUCGGUGGUGCAGCACGCAGAUGGAGAAAAGUCAAAUGUACUCCGCAAGCUGCUGAAGAGGGCGAACUCGUAUGAAGAUGCCAUGAUGCCUUUUCCAGGAGCAACCAUAAUUUCCCAGCUGUUGAAAAAUAACAUGAACAAAAAUGGUGGCACGGAGCCCAGUUUCCAAGCCAGCGGUCUCUCUAGUACAGGCUCCGAAGUACAUCAGGAGGAUAUAUGCAGCAACUCUUCAAGAGAUAGCCCCCCAGAGUGUCUUUCCCCUUUUGGCAGGCCUACUAUGAGUCAGUUUGACAUGGAUCGCUUAUGUGAUGAGCACCUGAGAGCAAAGCGCGCGCGGGUUGAGAAUAUAAUUCGGGGUAUGAGCCAUUCCCCUAGUGUGGCAUUAAGGGGCAAUGAAAAUGAAAGAGAGAUGGCCCCGCAGUCUGUGAGUCCCCGAGAAAGUUACAGAGAAAACAAACGCAAGCAAAAGCUGCCCCAGCAGCAGCAACAGAGUUUCCAGCAGCUGGUUUCAGCCCGCAAAGAACAGAAGCGAGAGGAGCGCCGACAGCUGAAACAGCAGCUGGAGGACAUGCAGAAACAGCUGCGCCAGCUGCAGGAAAAGUUCUACCAAAUCUAUGACAGCACUGAUUCUGAAAAUGAUGAAGAUGGUAACCUGUCUGAAGACAGCAUGCGCUCGGAGAUCCUGGAUGCACGGGCCCAGGACUCCGUGGGGAGGUCAGACAAUGAGAUGUGUGAGCUGGACCCCGGACAGUUCAUCGACAGGGCUCGAGCCCUGAUCAGGGAGCAGGAGAUGGCUGAAAACAAGCCGAAGCGAGAAGGUAACAACAAAGAAAGAGACCACGGGCCCAACUCCUUACAACCAGAAGGUAAACAUUUGGCCGAGACCUUGAAACAGGAACUGAACACUGCCAUGUCGCAAGUUGUGGACACGGUGGUCAAAGUCUUUGCAGCCAAACCCUCCCGCCAGGUCCCUCAGGUCUUCCCACCUCUCCAGAUCCCCCAGGCCAGAUUUGCAGUCAAUGGGGAAAACCACAAUUUCCACACGGCCAACCAGCGCCUACAGUGUUUUGGCGACGUCAUCAUUCCAAACCCCCUGGACACCUUUGGCAACGUGCAGAUGCCCAGUUCCACCGACCAGACGGAAGCACUGCCCCUGGUUGUCCGCAAAAACUCAUCUGACCAGUCUGCCUCUGGCCCGGCCGCUGGCGGCCACCACCAGCCCCUGCAUCAGUCGCCACUCUCGGCCACUGCAGGCUUCACCACCUCCACGUUCCGCCACCCCUUCCCCCUUCCCUUGAUGGCCUACCCAUUUCAGAGUCCAUUAGGUGCUCCCUCUGGCUCCUUCUCGGGAAAAGACCGAGCCUCUCCUGAAUCCUUAGACUUAACUAGGGAUACGACGAGUCUGAGGACCAAGAUGUCAUCCCACCACCUCAGCCACCACCCCUGUUCACCAGCACACCCACCCAGCACGGCCGAAGGGCUCUCCUUGUCGCUCAUAAAGUCCGAGUGCGGAGAUCUGCAAGACAUGUCCGAAAUCUCACCUUAUUCGGGAAGUGCAAUGCAGGAAGGACUGUCACCCAAUCACUUGAAAAAAGCAAAGCUCAUGUUCUUUUAUACCCGUUAUCCCAGCUCCAAUAUGCUGAAGACCUACUUCUCCGAUGUAAAGUUCAACAGAUGCAUUACUUCCCAACUCAUCAAGUGGUUUAGCAAUUUCCGUGAGUUUUACUACAUUCAGAUGGAGAAGUAUGCGCGUCAAGCCAUCAACGAUGGGGUCACCAGUACGGAAGAGCUGUCCAUAACCAGAGACUGUGAGCUCUACAGGGCUCUGAACAUGCAUUACAACAAAGCAAAUGACUUUGAGGUUCCAGAGAGAUUCCUGGAAGUUGCGCAGAUCACAUUACGGGAGUUUUUCAAUGCCAUUAUCGCAGGCAAAGAUGUUGAUCCUUCCUGGAAGAAGGCCAUAUACAAGGUCAUCUGUAAGCUGGAUAGUGAAGUCCCUGAGAUUUUCAAAUCCCCGAACUGCCUACAAGAGCUGCUUCAUGAGUAGAAAUUUCAACAACUCUUUUUGAAUGUAUGAAUAAGUAGCAGUCUUCUUUGGAUGUCUGACUUCUGUGUGUCUAGAUUGUAAUUUCAUAUAUAUGUGUAUGGGAGGCAUAGAUCUAUUAUAAUGUCAGCUGGUAAUUCCUCCCCAUCACCUUUCUCUCCUUUCCUUUUGUUUUCCAUUACAAGGGGAUGGUUAUUUUCCUUCGGCCUUCAAUUUACUUUUGCCCAAUGCCCUUAACAUUUGAAGACUUAACCUAGGGUUGAUUUUCAGGGAAAAAGAAUGUUAGCAUGUGUAAAGUCUCUAUUAACAAGGAAGGGAAAUUGCAAAAGAUGCAUCUGCUUGCUGGGUGGCUUUUUGCAAAUAAAUGGUAAUUGACCAAGAUGAAUCCGUGACACAGCACAGCGCUACAGGUGGUGAUGUGUCUCUUGUUUUUACUGUUUAGAAGGUCUGAAAACCAACAAAACCACUACCUACACUUAAAUAUUUUGUUUGGUUAGAAUUCAACAAGUAACACUUUCUUACAUGAUUAAAAAAAUAAUGCCAAUGGCAGAUAAGCAGCUCACAUUUCAAAAAUACCCCCCAAAAGGCCAAAUUUAAAAAGAAAAAUAAUCGCUAUCAAUCUUUUCCUAAGAGAAAUGGCAAUCUCCCCAAACUAGUACUGGUUUCUAAUGGAGGGAAAGCAAUUUUGUACUAAACUGACUCUUUCAGAUGAGGCUGGAAACUCACAUGAUCUUCUGGCCACCUAUGUAUAGUUUAUUAACAGGUUCUUCAUAAUAAGUGAGCUUAGAUCAGUCUUCAUAGAGAAACCCUAUAACUACUUAUUAUUUUUAUUU